AUGAACAACGUGGACAAGAGCAAAGUAGAGCAUAAAUUGGUGGCAUACUCAAGAAAGCACAAGAAUCAAGAAGCAGUAGCCUGCAAAGACAUUUCUGAAGCUGCUAUAUUAUCACUUUCCUCUGCUUCAAUGUUCCUGGUGUUUGCAGCAACCUACAGCAAGGGGGGCAACCAGGAUGAUCAUUCUCCUGUAGUUCUGAGCCUCAAAUUGGCCAAUCUUGAUGAGAUUGAAGAAUCAAACAUUAUAAUGAUGCACACUAAAGUGGCCAAGAGCUGCAGAUAUUGUGAACAUCUAGUGACAUACGGCCUUCUAGUUGGAAUUAGGGAGCCAUGCUACUGCGGCUCUCUAUAUUCUAUCAAGAAAAAAAAAAGGCAUAAUGUGGCAAAUUUUUGUAAUUUCUUGACAGAAAUAAGCAAUAAUGGAAAGGGCCUUCCAAAGUUAUUGCACGAGAUUUUCAUGAAGGAUAAUCCACGAGCAAUACAAAUACCAAUUGGACCUUUAGCAACUUCAGAAACUUUAGAACCGAGACAUGAUGAUCCGGUGCUUUCCACUUGGUUUGAGAGGAUAGUUAAGCGAUGCGUCAUUGUGAACCCAAAAAUGAGACCCACGGCCAAGGAGCCGCUUCAGGAUGAAUUCUUCAAAUAUCAUGAUCUACAAGAUUUCGCAGGAGUCAUUCGUAGAGAUCUAUGGAAACUUGUAGAGAUUGAUGCUGAUUUAAUGAAGUUGACUUCUGAGAUGAAGCAUGUCUUGUCAUUAAUAUCUCCUUCAAAGACUUAUAUGGACCUCAAUAUUGGUUUAGCGUUGUGGUUGGCAGCUGGUGGUGAAGGAUGGAUUUAUGAGUGGAGCCUUUCUGGCCAACAGAUCAAGUAUAAGUCUGAGGCCAGGAUACUACUGGUUGGUUCUGGUGCAGAUGAACAGUGUGCUGGAUAUGGUCGGUUCAAAACAAAAUUUAGAAAUGGAAGUUGGCUUGCCCUGCAUGAAGAAAUGAAGUUAGAUAUGCAGAGAAUUUGGAAGAGAAACCUCGGGAGAGAUGACAGGUGCAUUGCUGUUAAUGGCAAAGAGGCUAGAUUUCCUUUCUUGGAUGAGGAUGUCAUACGAACUCUUCUUGAUAUUCCUCUCUGGGAGAUUGCAGACCUCAGCCAACCUAAUGGUAUAGGUGAUAAGAAGAUAUUGAGAGAGGUUGCGCAAUUGCUUGGCUUAUCUGGAGCAGCUGUUCUGCCCAAAAGAGCAAUUCAGUUUGGUACUCGAAUUGCCAGAGAAUCAAAUCGGAAAAACUUUGGAAGUAAUCGUGCUGCCAAUCAAGCAUCUGCUGGCAGUGUGGAUAUAUAUGGCUCUUCAAAUUUCUUACCUAAAUUACAUGAAAGCUGACCAAUGGAAAAGCUUUGUUCCGGGGGCUUUACUCGUAGUGACGAAAAUAAUUUGAUCAGCUGCGAUGUCACAAAAUCCAGCCAAUGUAAUACUGCUAGAUUUUUGUACUAGUAGUGUAGUAUAUGUUAUUGAUACUUCCAGCUGAUUUAUUUGAUGCUAUAGUUGUUUACACUAUCACCUACUUGUAGGUAGCAAUUGCUGUUCAUUGUGUCAAAAGGUAAUUUGCCCCAAAACAGUGUGCUACGUUGAAAUUCAUCUCUUUAAUGAAGAAUCAGUAGUGGUUAAUUUUAA